GAUACAGUCAGACAUCACGGCGCGCUCGUCCGACUCGCAUGCACUCGUGUCUACCCACGUAUACCGCCGACGACGGACGGUAUUCUGCGGUAUUCCGCAUUGGUAUCAGCUUGAUGCCACUUGUCGUGACUUGUCACAGGCAUCGCCGCCACGGUAGAUCGGCUCCGAUAGAGACUCGCGUUACACACUCGCGGCGCGGAAUGCAGUAGCCGCGGUAGCGGUCGACGGCGAGGUCUGCUGCGAGGUACGUGCCACGGGACAGUAACACGUCGCUCGCCGCCGCGAGCGGACCGCUGCAAGGUUAAGCGCGAGACACCGCGUGACGCAGAGCACGGACGCGGAGUCGCGCGCUUGCGAGGGGACAAACGCGCGCGGUGCACCUGAUCGCGCGCCUGGACUGAUCGGGGGCGAGAUGGACGGCAAGGUCGACGACGAGAAUCAACGUGGCGUCAACGACGGCGACUGGGUCUGCCCUGACUCGCAAUGUGCCAAUAUAAACUUUGCCAGGCGUAACUCCUGCAAUCGCUGCGGGAAAGAUAGAGGUGAAUGUCCGAAGAAGAAAAAAUUGGGUCAGGAAAUUGGAAAAGCAGCCGCGGAAAAAAGUAGAGGUCUUUUUAGCGCGGACGACUGGCAAUGUAGUAAAUGCGGCAACGUAAACUGGGCCCGUCGGCAACAGUGUAAUAUGUGCAACGCCCCGAAAUUCGGUGAGAUAGAGGAACGCACGGGGUACGGUGGUGGGUACAACGAUCGAGGAGUCGUCGAGUACAAGGAGAGGCGGGACGACGACGACGAGUACGACGAGUUCGGACGGCGUAAAAAAAAGAGAAAAAUAGAGAAGAAUUCCGACGACGAUUCGAAGGAUUCCAAGUACAGCAGCCCGUCGCGUAAAUCUAGAGACAAGGAAGUCGAGAGGGACGAAGUGGAAGAGGAGGAGCAGGAGGAAAACGAGGAAGAGGAAGACGAGAAGGAAGAGGAGGAGGAGGAGGAGGAGGAAGAUGGUGAUUUAUCUAAAUACGACCUUAGCGAAUGGGAUGACUUUGCGCCAGCAAAAAAAAGUACAAACGGAAGUACUAUGUCCUCGGAAGCACAACGGUCAAGGUAAAUUAAUAGCGAAACGGAGAUGAUCGGCGCGAUUCAGGCACAUCCAACCAAUGAAAGGCUGUACAGAAGGACAGGUUUGACUUGGGUUUCGGGUAUAAAAUUGAUUAUGAUGAUCAGUUGCAGACCGCAUACAGUGUGAUGAAUUUUGCUAAAUAAUGUAUAUAGUCCCAGAUCCUUAAGACUUAAAGUAUAGCUUGCUUUUAUUGCGAUUAUAUCCUCGGUAGAUAUCGCGUAAAGACAUCGAGUAGAAAGAGUUAGCGUUGAUUUAGCGAAAAGAAAGAAGCGCAAGCGAUUCUUCUCAUUCAACGUGUGAAUAUUUUUCUUUUUACAGAUGAAUCAGGAAAACGGAAAGAACGCAACCAGUGCUCGGCAACUAAGAAGUAUACACAACGCAAGUUUUUAGUAAUUUAGUAAUGCACCUUUGGAUAUAAAGUGGCCGAUAAUGUGUGAAGACUUAUUACAAAGGGAAGUCGACUAACAAUAAGCUUUACAUUUAUAAUUGAGCUCAUAGCUUCGUUGAUCCUAAGGAAGCGAAUUGUAGGUCUCCUAUUUGCGCGGGUAAUAUCGUUGUUCUAACGAUUGCAGAGUUUAUGAAAAACUACUUCGGCGCAAGUAGUAUGUUUCGCUAGCGAGAUACGAGAUUGAUAUAAUUCCAACAUGAAUCUAUAGAAGAAAUUAUACACAGCUCGUUUUACAAGCUAAAUAUGACGUUGUAGAAAAAGAUCUUACUCCUAUGUAAUAGAUGGUGUCAACGCUCUGCGCAAGCCCCGUCGUCGCAGUGUUCUAAGAUUCCUAUUACUUUUUAUCACAAACGUAACUAUGUCGAUGUAGCCGUGUCACUGCUUCACAUUGCUCAAGUUGCCUGAAGGAACCUAACUUGUAUUUUUUUUUCUCUUUUUUUUUUGUCGUCCCCCUCGUCUCUCUUUCAUUCAUCUAUGCAUAAUGCUCGCAUUAAGUGGACAAUCGUGAAGUGUAGUAUUAAAGAAUCAUUCCCCGAAACAGAGCAGAUAUGUAUUUUGCAUCUUUUGGAAGAGACCAAAAGGAAAGGAUACGUUCUCUUGCUUUGACUAUCACAGAUUUGAGUAAGUUGAGAAACAGCCUGCUCACUCUUUGAAAAACGUAGCGCUUUUUUAAAAAUUAGCCGUCCGCGUCUUUGCAGAUGCGGACUUAUCGUGAACUCCGACGGCCGUUCUUGAAUCGCAAAACGAUUAUCGAUCAAAUAUCGUACUGACUUCUUGUAAAUAUCUUUAUUUUUCAUUUAUAAUAAAAAUCAUUCAUCAACAA